GUUUCCUUCUGUUUUGGAAACCCAAGCUUAGUGAUUUAGUUCCUUGAGAAAUAUUUUAUUGGAAAAUCAAGUGUUACAAAGUGUGAAUCUAAAGGCAUAUAAAGAUGGAAAAGAGGGUCGCCUUGGAAUUAAGGGGAAGGAAUCCUUCACAGGUCAAGGAGUUGAACCUAGACAACUGUCGGAGUACUACCAAUGUGGCUGGUUUGUCAAGUGCAUACACAAACCUGGAAUUUCUCAGUCUCAACAAUGCUGGCCUCACCACUCUUAAAGGUUUCCCGACACUUCCCAAACUGAAGAAGUUAGAGCUCUCUGACAACAGAAUAUCUAGUGGGCUGAACUUUCUCAGCGGAUGCAAGAAGCUCACACACUUAAACUUAUCGGGAAAUAAAAUUAAGGACUUGGAAACUUUGAAGCCUAUUGAGCAUUUUGAGAAUUUAAAGAAUCUUGACUUGUUUAAUAAUGAAGUCACCACUAUUGAAGAUUACAGGAGUAAGGUGUUUGCUUUGCGUCCUUCAUUAAAAUAUUUAGAUGGGUUUGACAAAGACGACAGGGAAGCGGAUGAUAGUGAUGUUGAAGAUGAAGAUGAGAUGAAUGGAAAUGACGACAGUGAAGAGGAUGAUUUGGAUAUUGAUUUGAGUCCAUUGGUGAUCGAUGAUUGCAUAUCAGAAAGACCGGCCGAGGAAAGAACAUCUUUCCCAAUGAUAUUGUACAGUGUUUACGGUCUUCUAUUUCACAUGGGGUACCUAUUGAACAGGUCUGAUGUUGAUGAAGAGGAAGAAGAUGACGAGGAUGUGUCGCUCAGUGUCGUGUACAAUGAUAACCUAGAAGAAGAAAGCUCCGCAAGUUCCUUAUACGACGACGGGGAAGUAGAAGAGGAGGAGGAUUUGGACGAGGAGGAGGGCGAGGGUGAAAAUGACGCCGACGGCGAUCACAAUGCGAAGUUACGAGACGGCGAAGACAACGCAGACGGCGAGCCUGAAGAAAGCACUCGGGGUAAAAAGCGAAAACAUGAGGAUGACGACGAUAAUUGAGAGUUGCCUUAAGCGGAGUUAUCUUACUAGUUUUGUAAGUGUACAGCGCUCCGAUGCAUCGGACAAUAAACCCGAUCACAGUCACGGUACAUUACAGUCAUCCCCUAGACUAGUUGUCAUUUGUGAGAUUGAUAUGUCACCCAAUGAGGCUAGGCUUGGCCGCUUUCAUUAGUGUUAACCACGUCCGCCGGACGUUACCGAUUUUAAAUUUUAAAACAAAUAUUUCUAUCAUUAAUUAAUGUUGAUGUCUAUUAUGUGGAAUCUGUAGUUUGUUGUCCGAAGUUAAUGUUUCAAUUAAAUUGUUUAUGUAAUAAUCAUUUUUUAUUCUAUUGACAGGCUUAAUUUUAGUCUUAUCAUUGAAAUGGAAGUGCAUGAUUAUAGGAUUAUUAUAGCUCUCAUUCGAUCUAAAGAAAAUUCGAUGAUUUGUAUUAAUUAGCUGUAAGUGGAAGAAACAUGAAUAAAUUGUUACGAAAGUAAUUAAUGCCCUUGGAAUCCAAUAAAACACAAUUCUGAUGUGGGCACCGCCUGUUUUUAAUGACCAAAUUAGACUGAUAAAGACAUACUAAGAAAAAUAUAAAAAUGCUAUGACUUGAAAGUCAAUUUUAAUAUAGAUAAUUAUUUAAUAUUAACACUGUCAACAAUUUUCAAUGAAACAAUGCAAGUUAUUUAUCAGAGCAUUUUUAUUAUCAGGAAGCAAUGUUCCCAUUAGCAAGUCCUUUGUGUUACUUACAAUAUUAACAAUUUAUUUUAUCAGCAUUAGUUGCCUCGCGCAGUAAAGUAAGCUUAACAUUUUGUAUGAAGUAAUUUUAUGAUAGGAUAUGCAUCAAAACGGAAAAACGCAAAACCGUUAAAGGAGGAACGCUAAUGUAAAUAAUUUCAAUUUUAUUUUGUAAUCUCACUAAUGAUAACUGAGAAAGUUCAGUGAUCCAAAAAUUAAUUCCAACGGGCGUAGUGUGAAUAUCAUAAACCAAUUAAUUAUCUAGAUCAAAUCUUUGACAUCUCAUGAGUUCAGAGAGUAUUUUUCUACAAUAUUUUUAAAUCUAAUUGAAAUGCACUUAUGGAAUAUCAAUGAAGUGUUUGGUUGAUGCAUCAUGGUGUACGUGCCAGAAAUGUUGAGAAUAAUUUUAGUUAAUAAUUUUAUUAUAUUAUGUAAGUCAUUAAGUUUAAGUAAUUUACAACUUGGCCUGUUGAUAUAUAUUAUAUAAUCCUAUUAAGACUUUAUUUCUGGGAUUGUAAAAUAAAAACUACACAUAA